UUUUCUCCUUUGUGGUGAAAUGCGUUUUGACUAAGGAAAUGAUGGAACAAGACUCUGGAAUUGGAUGUCUUCCUAUGCCCAAGAAGAAACCAGAAUCCGAAAAGACAGAUGCAAAUAAAGAGAGAAUCGGACAUCUUCUUCAUCGAUCCUUCUUAGAAGGAAAACCACAAGCUAGGGAAGUGUUGGAAAAGAAGAAAAGAAGGGAAAACGAAAAGACACAAGAAAAUAGAAUCAAGCGUAUUCCAAAUCCCUCCUUUAUAUUUGAGAAGCAACCGAAUUUCACGGAAGUUUUUUAUAUUAACAUUCCUGACACUAAAAUGGGAAAAGAUCUCUUGUUACGCGAUCUGCCUAUUAAAUGGACAAUGCCUGAACCUGAGGCAGUAAUAUCAAUCACAGGAAUAGAUCACCAGUUCAACAUAAAGGACAACUGUAAAUUGAAGAGAGAUUUGAUCGAAGCAGUCAUAAGUACUGAAUCUUGGAUUGUUACAUGUGGUACGGAAUCAGGAGCAGUGCGGUUUAUUGAGGAAGCAGUAAAUGCGCAUGUAGCUAUGAAAAACUGUAACAUUCCUAUAGUUGGAAUACUGCCACAACGAGUAUAUGAUGAGAUGCGAGAAGAAAAUAAACCCAAAGAAGUUAUUUCGAUUAAGAGACGUAAAAAAGACAAUUGGGUUAAAAUCCCAUGUAUAUCCACACAAGAGGUAUUAGAUCCAAUUCAUACCCAGUUUAUCUUCACAAAUAAUGUCAAAAUAAAUCAGACUGGAAGUGAGGCUACAUGCAGAGAAGCUUUCGAACAUUUCUUACUGAACAUCAACAUCAAAGAAACAGAUGCAGAGCUCGAAACACAUGAGAUUCUGCCGGUUGUGUUGGUGCUUAUUGAAGGAGGAGUCCAUGCACUAAGAACUGCUAAGAGUGUACUGAACCAUGAACAUCAUGUUGUAGUGAUUGAUGGAUCGGGAGGAGUUGCAGAUUUUCUUGCAGCUUGUUAUUUUCGUGAUACAAGGGAGAGGAAUGGUGAGAUACCAGAUCAAAAUAUAACAGAAGUAAUCGAGGAACACUUUGAAGGUGACCCCGAUGGCUUACAGGAAGAGAUAAAAGAACUAUCAGAAUGGUUUAUGCAGAAAGACAAAAAGGAGAAAAUUCAUGUAUAUUCAGCGGAGAAUACUGACGGAGUAGACGAGAUUAUUCAGAAUGCUAUGUUCGAAAUCAACAAAGAAUACCAUAAACGGAAAAUAAAUGGAAUGAAACAGAAAAAUGCCUUUAAAACCAAUGCCGUCAAGGAACAACUGAAACUUGUGGAGAAAUGGCAAAGAUGUGACCUUGCAAAGAAAGAUAUUUUUAUAGCGAAAAAUCGAAAACAUCUGACCAGUUUACAGACACUUAAUACGAAAAGGAUGUACGAGUUGCAAAAUAAAAUCGGAGACGUGGUGCAAAGGGUGAUGGAGGAUUAUGAUUUGAUUUACAGAGAAUUACCAGCUUAUUAUAAGCGAUUCGUUAAGGACACAUCACAGCUCAAAGAUGACAGCAACACGCAAUACUUCUGGGUUUUAUCAACUUCGUUUGAUAAACUAGUUGAACAUAUGCCAGUUUAUUAUCUUGAAGAAAGUGAAACUGGGAAACGAGUAAAGAAUAUCAGAAAAAAAAUAAAAUUGAUUGAUGUACAUGAUAAGACAUGUGAUGAAAAAGGUAUGGAAGAACUGCGAAUGGAAAUUAAAGGAGAGAUACAACAGGUUUAUGGGAUAUAUCAAUCAAUUUCUAAAAACAUAUUGGACUCUUGUGAAGAAUUUCAAAAAGCCGUGCUACAGUUCGAGGAAGUCAACAAAAAGAAGGCAAAAUACUUCUCGGUUCUAUCAGACUUAUUUAGGAAAAUAAUUAGAAAUAUGACUGUUGAUGCUAUAAACAUCCACAAACAGGAGUUAAAGGAGAUAGUAAAAGAUAUCGUUGAUGAAUACAAAAAAGACAUGUUUUCACAGUUGUUACUGACAUCGAUUAUAUCAAACAGAAAGGACUUAGUAGAGUUGACUAUGGGAAGAAUGGAAAGUAUUGAAGCGUUUGUUUUCGAUAAACUAGCAUAUAUUUACUGGAGGUGCAUUAAGGAAAGCCCAGAAGAUUUACCAAUUAAGCUUAUUGAACAGGUUUCAAAUAUUGAAAAAUUGGAGAAACAGGAAGAAAAAAAAGAGGAUACGAAACAGAUAAAAAAGGAAACCGAUGAGUACGAGAUAGAGAUAGAAAUAGAGACCCAGGAAGAGAUUAGGAAAAGACGAACAUCAAACACAAUACUUUUUGCUGUUGACGAGUUUAUCAGAGAUUUGUUUGGAGAUACAAAAUUCAACCUCUAUAAAAAACACAAACCUAAACAUGAAGAUGAAAACACAGGGAUAGAUAUAGAGUAUAGGGACAAACCUUUCUAUCAUCUUUUUGUUUUGGCGGUUCUGGCGAAUUGGAAAGAAAUGGCAAUUACUUUCUGGAAGCGAGACACUGACCAUACGUGUUCUGCUUUAUUUGCAAGUGCAGUGCUGAAGGAAUUGGCUGACAGGGCACACUUUUCUAAUCUUAUGGAUCUCACUGCAUCAUUAAACGAAAACGCUAGAUUCUUUGAAGACCAAGCUUGUGCUGUGAUAACAGAAUUAUAUAAUAUCGAUCGAGAAAAGGCUCUUAAAACACUGGUCACAAAGGUUAAUCGGUACAAUUCCACACCUUUAGAAAUUGCGUACUCGCAAAAAUUGACCAAAUUCAUGGCGCACACAGCCUGUCAAGCAAAGAUUAAUAGUAUAUGGUAUGGAGAUAUUGCUUUAUAUACACCAUCCUGGAGGAUUGGUAUAGCAGUUUUCCUUCCAAUAUUGAUCAUUCAAAACUUCAGAUUCAUUACCAUUCCAAAGAAAAAUCCAUGUCAACCUAGACUUCAGGAUCAAAAACCGAAAAGCAACAAUAAUAUAACUUCAUGUCAAUGGAUACUCUACUGUCUAUACAUGUUUUAUACAGCGCCAGCAACAAAAUUCUUUAUUUAUAUGGUGUCUUACUUCGCAUUUUUGGUAAUCUUUGCAUCAUUUGUGUUGACUGAUUUGUACCCUUUGUCAGAAAGACCGCCUUCUACGCUUGAAUAUUUGACUUGGAUGUGGACUUUAUCACUAUUGUUAGAGGAAAUAAGACAGAUUGUACAGACAAACAGGGGAUCACUAUCACAUAAUCUUCAGUAUUGGGCUAAAAAUGUCUGGAAUGUAUUCGACAUUGUAAUGUAUCUGCUAUUCCUCGUAUCAGUGUUUCUCAGAUGUUUACUGAACUCGGACCAAUUCUACUUUGCCAGAAUGACUUAUGCAAUCACCUUAUCUAUGUUUAUCUUGCGCAGCAUGCAUUUUUUCUUCGUCGAUAGGUAUAUUGGGCCUAAAGUGGUAAUGAUAGGAAGAAUGCUUGCAGACCUUGCAUUUUUCAUUUCUCUGUUUGCACUGUUCGUAUUCAGUUUUGGCAUCAUGUACCAAGCUGUUUUAUUUCCAAAUUCGGUGUUGUCCCCUUGGGAGCUGUUAAAAAAUCUUGUUUAUUUUCCAUACUGGCAGUUGUACGGCGAGCUAUAUUUAGAUCACAUUGAAGGGACAGAACCGUCGGAAUGUACCAAUGAUUAUGAGUUAUACAUUAACGGAACAAUGGAUCGAUGUGCACAAAGCAACCAAUUUAAUUCGACUAUGUUGGCUGUGUAUCUGAUUCUGACAAAUAUUCUGUUAGUCAAUAUUCUUAUUGCGAUGUUUUCGUAUACAUUCCAGAAAGUACAAGAUAAUUCUGAAAUGAUUUGGAAAUUCAACAUGUAUGCUUUGAUAUAUGAAUACUAUGACAGGCCAAUGUUCCCAGUUCCAAUACUUAUACACUUAUUUAGAAUAAUUGUAUUUUGUUAUUACAAAAUAGGAUAUCUGUAUGAAACUGAUUUUGAAUUGCUCCUUACAAUCGAAGAAAUGGAAAAUCUUAAUAUUGUAGAACACUUUGCUUUACAAAAUUGUCAAAAUGGACCUUCUCGUGCCGGCAGUAGAUAUAAUGCUAGAAACAUGAUGACCGAUGAAAGGGAUAUGAAUACAGAAGCCGAUUCAACCCCUACCCAGAAAGACAUACAUGAUUUGCGAGAAUCUGUGAUUGAUGAGAUACGUCACAUUGGUUUACGACAACCAAUUUUAGUAGUAGAUUUUCCAAGGCGAUAAAAUACCAUUGAAAAUGGUUGAAUACAAUUUGAAUAUAAGCAAUCGUUACUGUAAACCAAGUUAACAGUUGAGGUUAUAUAAACCUCCAUGAUAUGUAAUCUGACAUAAAAAAAAAUGAUAACAAUAGUGUAUAAUGUUUAAAACAAACUGUUCACAACGGUUUCAUUGAACACAGAGUAAUACAUCAAUUAUUAACUUCAUGUGUGUCUGCGUGUUUGCUUGCUAACGGUUGUAUUCUAAAAGCUACCAAAGGUAUACAACAAUAACAUUUCAAACUUGACAUUAAUUUUUAUUUUAAUACAUUGCCUUUAUUAACUUCAUUUUUGGAAACUAUAUCCUUUGGAGUAAUACACAUUAAAAUUUAUUAUCUUUAUUAAAAAACUGAACGAUAAAAAAAAUUAAAUGUACAUCUAUUGUCUAUGAUAUUUAUAUAUUUUUAUAAUCGAACGUGCAAAUGCCAAUAAUUUGUUAGGAUAUGUGAACAUGACUGACAAAUGGGUCAUGAUGAGUUAUACAGUUACAUAUUUUCAAUUUGUAUUAAUUUUUUUCAAUGCUACUAAUGUGUCAUUAUGUAUACAAAAUUGUAUGAUGAUAUCUCAAGUUGUUUUGAAAAUACGACAUUCUGAUUCUGCAUGCAUUUGUGUACAUAAAAUUGUUAACCGAAAUAUUGAAAUUCAUACACAAUUCUCACUUAUAGUUUUCUUUACCACUUUGAAUGUAUUUAAUAAAUCUAACGUCAAAAUUCUAUAUUUACAAAUAUACCAAAUAUGAAUAUCUAUCUUCAUGAUUAUUUUUUUUUGUGUGUGAAUUUAUAUGGUAAAUAUGUGGUUUCUUUGAAAACAAAAUCAAAAUCUUUAUUGGAAUUUUUUUUUUUUUUUUUUUUUUUUUUUUUUCAGAAGUCGUGA